GCGGCGCGGGCGAAGAUGGCUCGUAAGCCCGGGAGUUUUCUGCAGGAGGCCUCUCACCAAGUCGUCGCCGGAGGCUCGGCGGGUAAGUGGGCGCUUUCUUCCUGGGCGGGGAGGGUCUGCCCGUCCCCCGCCGGCGCUCCGCCAAGCUGAGGUCUUGUAGAAAUUUGCCUGAUGCAUCCCCUUGAUGUAGUGAAAACAAGGUUCCAAAUUCAAAGAGGGAAAACUGAUCCGACCAGUUACAAGAGCCUGGGGGACUGUUUUAGGACUAUUUUCCGACGAGAAGGAUUUCUUGGUUUCUACAAAGGAAUAUUUCCUCCCAUCUUGGCUGAGACACCCAAAAGGGCAGUGAAGUUUUUCACCUUUGAACAGUACAAGAAGCUACUAGGAUAUGCAUCGUUACCGCCUGGACUGGCAUUUGCCGUUGCUGGCUUGGGAUCUGGGUUGACAGAGGCAGUUGUGGUUAACCCUUUUGAAGUAGUAAAGGUUACCUUACAGACAAAUCGGAAUGCCUUCACAGAGCAACCAUCUAGCUUUGUUCAGGCUCGGCAGAUCAUUAAAACCGAUGGUCUGGGCUUCCAAGGACUCAACAAAGGUCUUACUGCAACACUGGGCCGUCACGGAGUUUUUAACAUGGUUUACUUUGGAUUUUACUUCAAUGUGAAAAACAUUCUUCCAGUCAAUAAAGAUCCAAAUUUGGAGUUUUUGAGGAAAUUUGGAAUUGGACUAGUCUCGGGAACAAUAGCCUCAAUUAUUAACAUUCCUUUUGAUGUUGCAAAAAGUAGGAUUCAAGGACCACAGCCAGUUCCCGGAGAGAUCAAGUACAGAACCUGUUUUAAAACUAUGGCAACAGUCUAUAAAGAGGAAGGAUUUAUGGCUCUGUACAAAGGCUUGGUUCCCAAGAUCAUGAGGCUUGGUCCAGGUGGUGCGGUGAUGCUUUUGGUUUAUGAAUAUGUUUAUGCAUGGCUUCAGGACACAGCUGAUCACAAGUAGCACGUUUGAGAAAUGUACUGCUUUAGGGCACUGAAUGCCCUCAGAUUUACAUUGAUGUUAAUACAAUUCAAAACAAAUCCAGCGUUGAGGUUCUGAUCCGGGAAAACAUUUAAGCACAAGUUUUUCUGUAAGUGUGUAACUAAAUAGCCCAGUUGAUGUUUGCAAUUGUCUUACUGGAUCAAGAGAAAAGAUAAAAGAGAUACAGGAACAAGUUAGUUUUUCAAGGACAAACUGGAAAUUUUGGACACUAAAUUAGACUAUGUAAUCAAUGCACUUUGAUAAAAAUUUCAGCCGAAAUGGCAAAAUACUAAUUUUCAGGGGAUUUGAAGAGAAAAAGAAAAUAUAAUAAUCAUGUGAGCCCAGAUACUAAGGUAGUGUAAACUGACAGCUCCAGGUUAAGAAUAUGACCCUUACUCAGCAACCACUUGCGUCAAUCUUGGGUCCAGUUUCAAUUCAGUCCAGUACAAUUUCAACAUCAAUAGAAGAGCUUCUUAAGUUGUUGGGAGUUAGGAUGGAAAAAGGACAGCAUGACUAGCCACAUCCUUAAAAACAUACACCAUUAAAUGUCCUACUUGCCCUUGAUACUUAGCCCUGUAUAUCACAUAAUUCUUACUCAGGUUACAGAAGAUACUGAAAAUAGCCCAAAUGAAGUUACAUAAAAGUUCAAAACAGGGAAUCAGGAGAAAUGACCGAAUCAUAGAAUGGUACAGGUUGCAAGGGGCUUUUAGAGAUCAUCUGGUCCAUGAGUAAAUAAAUGAACUAAAAAAAAAGUACUUCUAGACAUGUGAGAUUUUACUCUGAAUUGUUUAUCCACCAUCAGGCUAUUGCUUAAAGAGCUGUCCCGUGCUAAAAAUGCUCAAUGCGCCUUGACUGCCCCUUUACCCUUUCAUUACCACUGUGGGAUGGAAAUACAAAAUUCUAGACCGACAGCAUGUAUGCAGUAGUAAUUAGCUAGCCAUACACCUCAAGGAAACGCACCUUCCUAUAGAUAAAAAAUGUUACUCUAAAGCUAAAGUUUUUGCUUUUCCCAGUCACAGUCAAUAUAAAUAGUAUUUCAGUGAUGUAGUCCCAUUUUGAUAGCCAUUAUAACUAGCUCUGUGAAAAAUGAUAAUGUCUGCUAUCCUAAAUGCAGACAUAAUUUCCAUUCAUGCAAUUGUGCCAUUCUACAGUUUCUUUUCAAGAACUCUUCAAAU